UCCCCCGUUCCACCACCCUUUUACGCCCUCUCCUCUCUACGCCCUCACUUCCUCCCCACCGAACGACCGUCGAGAACUUUAAGAUCGAUUCACAUUGUUUACAAAGAUCUUUAUCGUGAAAUUUAUUCAAAAUACUUUUUACGUAUCUAAAAAAUAAUUAAGUAAUAUACGUAAUAUAUAUAUGUAUGUGUGUGUAAUAAGAUAAUACAUAAGUAACGCGUAUCUCAUUCGAUAAGACAAAUUUCAAAUUAUGCGCCUUUUCCAUACUCUCGUCUGAUUGGUCACUCAGUUCGCGGUCAUUUCGAGAUACGGGAAUUCAAACGUAAAUAUCGUAAUAAUAAGAACAGAUAUUUUUCGAUCGUUUAUGGAAUACUUUGAUGAUAGAUAGAAUUUAUAUGUCAAAUAAGAAAGCGCGAGUGAAAAUUUCUUAAGUAUUUUAAGAAACUAGGGAGGAUCGCUGACGCGUCAUUUCAAAAUGGGGUGUUUCCCCUCUUCGAGAGGUCGUUACCUUCCUUAACACGUUCCUUGUCGAGCCGUUUUUGAAUAAGUGUCGUCUUCAAGUUAUAUAUAACGAGAACGUGUAAAAAAAAAUCGAAUUAUACGAUUAUCAACAUAUCGUCACAACGGAUGUUUAAUCGCAACCAAAAUACCUACUGGAAUUACGUUUCUUUCGCGAUAAAUGAUAAAAGAGAGGAAACAGCACAGAUUCAACCAUUGGAACGUAUAUAUAUACAUGGUCCGUCGAAGAGGGACAAACGCGAAAACAAAAUGGUCGCCGCUUCAGGCCCCGUUUAUCGACACGUACGGAACCAAUUCCAUGAGUGAAACCGGUUUGGAACUAGUUUUCUUCGGUUUUUCGGCCCUCCCCCCGCAAGAUCCUGUCGCAUACGACUCGAGCACGAGUCGCAUUCGUGUACGGAAUCUCUCUCGGACGUGUGCAAAGUUUCGCGGAGGUCACACGGUCUAACCUUAGAAAUGGCAGACGACGAGAAAGAACAGAGAGGUCCGAACGUCGAUGGAAAUCAAAUGGAAAUCAAAAUAGAGCCAACAUUGCAAUGUUACGUCGAGGAGGAACAUGAAAAUAGUUUCUCAAGUUUCGAAGGUAACGGCGCGAUACCCUCUACCGCGGACGUUGGUGCUUUGAAUCUAUGGACUAGCAAGGCUACCACCUGUCUCAUCAGUCAAUAUAAAAAAUAUCGGUCGAUGGUAGGACAAUCGACGCAGAUCAGAAGUUUACGGGAAAUGUUUGAGAUGAUAUCUCUCGAGAUGCAAAAUUACGGCUUUUAUUUUAGCCCUCAAAAGUGUGAGAACAAGUGGCGUGUCUUAGAACGUAAGUACAAAAAUUUGGUCUUCCGGGAACGAUUGAAAAAACCUGGAAGGAUGAGACACUAUGGUCAUUGGGAACAUAAGAGAGCCCUCGAUGAAAUAUUCAAUGAGAAAGAGAGGCAUGUGUAUUUCGAAGAAAACGAUUUUCCAUCGCCGACAGGAUCAGUUAAAUAUUCGAUGAUUCUACCAAAAACAACUACGGAACAAGCCACGAGCUCCUCCAAUUCUAAUAACAAUCAAAAUAAUGAUCCAUUGGCUACGUUAAUGUCUAACGCAAUACCGGAAAAACAAAGGGAAGAAUCAGACUACAAGAUUACUUUGACGACACUAUUUGAAAGGUUUUUGGACGAAAUGGGAAAGAACUUUGCACUGGCUGAACGAAACAAGGAGAAACGGCAUAAGGAGGAAAUGGCAAUGCGCCAAAACGAGUUGGAAGUAAAAAGAAGAUUGUUGAAAUUGAAAGAACAAAAGAUAGAAUUACAAAAGUGUCAAAUGAUCGCUGCUGCUCAACAUUUUCAUUUUAACAAGCAGUAAUCUAGUAUAUUGAAUUUUUUCUUCUAUUGUCGUUUUCUUUGUUAAUUUUUUUAAAGAAUUGCCUCGAAAGUCAUUUUUUAUAUUUUUCAUAAAAACAUCGGAUACAAACUUUGAUAUUUGCUUAUUACAAAUGUUAAUAGAAUGAAGUGAUCGAAGAGAGCGAGCAAAAGAUCUUAAUAUAUGGCGAUUAUAUUUAUGAUAAAAUGAAUACAUAAUAAAAUAUUUGUUACUACGAAGACAAUCGGUCCAAUUCCUACGAGGAAGUUAAUAAGACACGAAUACAGAUGCAUUAUUAAAGUUAUAAGCGUGUGGAAAGAGAUAACGUAAAGUCGUCAAGGUAACAUUGAAAAACAACUGAUAAAAAGAUGAGGUAAAACGAUUGAAUUUCAGUAUAGAUAAAGUCAAAAGAGUAAUGUAAAUUGUAGGAUUCAUAAAUUUCAAUAUUGCAUUCUGCUCUAGAAAGAUAUAGUCUAUUAAUCUUCAGACGAAUUAAUCUAUAAACUAAAUCUUGAUGCUUAUGAUUACCAUUCAGAGAUAAUGAAGAUAAGAAUGAAGUUUGAGAAGAAUAGAGAACUUUCCAAGACAAAGUAUUGACAGAAGAUAAAUCUAAUCUGUUACGUUACCCUGGCAACGCACAGUUAAUUCAGUCAGUCGAGAUCAAGAUCUGUUCAAAAUCUAAUCAACUCUAUAUCUUUUCGAAGAAAGUGUAUAAAAAGAAAAGCGUAAAAUAU